CAUACAAUUUGGCGUUUUCGUUGACGAGCUAAAAUUAUUGGAAAUAAAAAAAGAGCGAAAGCCUUAUAAGCCAUGGCAGACAGGCUUACUCAACUACAGGACACUGUCAAUCAACAAGCUGAGCACUUUUGCAAUGCCAUUGGUGUAAUUCAGCAAACCUCAUAUCCUAGCAAGUUUGCAAAUUUCGACAGAACUGGCUCACAAACACCCGUACAGAACCCGCCUCAGGAAGACUAUGCUCAACUUUUCGCCCAGCUCAUAGCUCGAUGUGCUAAGGACAUUGAUACGCUUAUUGAAUCUUUACCUAAUGAAGACAGUUCAAUUGAAUUACAAAAUUCGAGUCUUAAGCGACUGGAGAUUGAAAAUCAAGAAACUGCUGAGCAGCUCGAACAAGUUGUUCAAAAAGGAGAAUUAUUGCUGGAAAAGAUACAAUCGGCUCUGGGGGACAUUGCCCAAUCACAAUUAGAUAUGCAAAUAACAUUAAAGCCCAAUUUAAAAUGAAUUUUUAACCCCUUGUGAAUAGUGGAUUAAGUAAUUUA